GGGGGUGGUGGUGGAGCUGCAUCAGCGGCGAAUACAGACUACCUGGCGCUGCUCAAAGAAAAUAAACAACUUCGCGCUAUGUUGAUACUGCAUUUGGACUUGAUACAGGCACAAAGUGAUCAACUUCAAGUGAAGGAUAAACAGCUUGCGACACAAAAUGAAGAACUGGAUGAAAUACGCACUAAAAAUCAACAGCUGGAGACACAAGUGCAAGAGUUGCAGAAACAAUUACAGCGGCAUAUAAAACGAACCGCAGUUUCGCCACCACCACUUGCAAAGAUACAGCGUACAACUGAACCGUUAUUAACCAGUCUAGUAUCUCCUGCAACAUCAGCAGCGGCAGUGACUACUUCUACCACACAGAAUAUAAUUGGCGAAUGCAAUGGUAAGCUUAUAAGUAAAAUAAUAUUGCAACGUGUUAGUUUGCCUGAGGAUAGUCCGAACUCGACAACCACUGGCACUUCCGAAACCACAUCCGAUGCGGAUGACAGCACAGCUAGUAAGACACAUGCCGAACAAGAUGACCACGACGAUGACGAUGCUGGUGACAAUGAGGAGGAAGAAGAAGAAGACAAUGAUAUGGAGGACGGUGGCGAAACUACAGGCAAUACUACUGAGGACAGCAAUGAUGUGCUUGCGUUACUUACUACGCUAUCUGAUCAUCAAAGGAUGUCACCAGUACUUGUAUCGCGUGGCGCCAAAACUUUACGCCAACUUGCCGCCGUUCCAGAACAGACCACGGAUUCGACACCGACAACUACAACGUCCGCAUUGCCUAGUACGCCUGCGGUGGUGCCCACCGUUACCACUACUGCUCCAACGACAACACAAGUGUGUGUUACCCCACCAACGCCAAGUCGCGGCAAACAGAUGCCGUUGAUGUUGUGGCAUGCGCCAGAUUUGCAAUCCGAUGAAUCUGCAAGCUGUGAGUCACUUGGCGAACUUUCUGAUCAGCGCUCAAUGAUUGCCUCGCCUGCUUCGCCAAAAAUCGAACAUAAAUCGAAGAAACCAAAGAAUAUCACAACAACACACUCGCUUCGAAGCGGAACCAAUUUGCAAUCACAGCAACGACAAAAUAAGCCACGUCGAUGUGCUUACAUAUCCACAGGAGAAAUGUACUGCACACGUGCAUGGGAAGAUGAAGAGGUAAUUGCUGAUGGUUACGAAUUCAUUAAGGAAGAGGCCGAAGCACUACAAGCUGAUGCACCCAUGCUAGAGAUACCCAAAUGGACUGAACACGAACUUGCCGUAUCUUACUGCAUCGAAGGCACCGAAAAUCUAUCGGAUGAAACGUUCCUUAAGCGUCAUGAGAAGUUAGAAUUGGCCGAGAGGAGACGUAAGAAAUGGGACGUGCAGCAGAUACGCGAACAGCGCCGCAUUGAAAAACUGAAACGGCGUCAUUGCAAAGAUGAAAUACAAGUACCGCCGGAACAACAGCCAUUAUUGAGUUUCUAUCCUCAGCCGGAUACCGUGCAGACAAUAUGCUUUACUAGUGAUUUGCCAGUGCAAGCAUUUGGUGAGCUAGUGCCGAAAUUGAAUGCACACAAUGAAUUUGACUUGCCAUGGCUUGAAGCAUUGGCUACUGCACGCACGCCAGGCUCGAUUGUGACAUUGGCGCAAAGUCAAGCCGGUGCCAAUCCAUCGUCAGCACAAGGACAGCAACAGCUGAUGAAUUCGACCUUUGUGUUUGUCAAAAAACGUAAGCGACAGCAAAGCAACACAGCUGGUGGUGCAGGAGUAACACAAACAGCACGUCAACGUGGCGGACGGCGUAAGGCAGCAGCAGUAGCGGACGCUACCGCAGUUACGGCAACGGUACCCGAGACUGCUGCAACAACGGCAGUCGCCACUGCAACGCCAGUUGUGUCAGAGACUGCAGUGGCAACACAGCCAGCGAUGGCAGAGCCAACUGCAGCUACAACAGCAGUUAUUGAUGAUGUUAACAUCAUUGCGAGUAAGGUUACCAACGAAGAACCUCCAAAGUAGUUAAGCUUUAACGCUGCAAUUAGCAAAAUGUAUGUUAAUGUGCUGGGAAAGUUCCGAAGCUACUUAAGAAAGUAUAGUUGGUCUCAUCAGUAAAGUUUAAAAAUCUAUUUGUAAAUGAUUUUCAAGUAAGUCAAUGCGCUGGUGGGGUGCAUUUUAUGAAUUAAUCUCUGUAUGGUAGACUAACAAAAUUAGUUAAGCCAAUACAAUUGAACACAUGUAUUUUGGCGGAUGUUUCACAAAUUGCUGUAGUAAGUUGGUAAUUAAGUACAUAUUUCGCACAAACCUUGAACUUGAAUUCAGUGCGAGAAAACUCUGUCGUGUGCACUAAUCAUAAUAACUGCUGCUGGCUUGCUGUUGGCCCAGAAACUAGAAUGCAUGGAUGGAGUAUAUCAACACCCCUAGUUUAAUAAAUUAGAUAUGUAUUUACCUAUUUCUUUGUGUGUUGAUAACUGUAAAAGCACUUAUUUUCGGAAGAUGUAACAUUUCUCUGGUUUGUAGUAAUUUAUUUGGCAGAGUAGCGACGCAUCAAACCUUAAUAAAAGUGAUGGUUAACGUAAAU